AUGUCAUCGGCGAGCGUCAACUGCCUCUGCGGAGCCAUCAGCUUUCCGCACCAGCAGGAGCUACCAACACCGUCUGAGUUAUGCCACUGCAAGCCGUGCAGACAUACGACCGGAGCGCUCUUCGCCGGCUUCGCAGAUCUCCCUUCACCGCCUACUGCCGAGAUUCUGAAUAAGUGCACUGCGUACCACACCUCUGACACUCACACGCGGUACUUUUGCUCAAAAUGCGGUACCAAACUCCUCGUUAAUGCCCACCACUUCCGAGACGGGAGACACCGAGAUGACUCGGAGGCCUGGUUUGUCGUAGCGAGUGCUAUCGACCCUCCGAAAAAUGCGAAUGCAGAUGUGCUACAGGUGGAGUCUCACAUGUGGCUAUCUGAUACUGCCGAUUGUGGCGUGGCUCCUCUGAUGAGGCAGCUGGGCGAUCGGCGGCUGCCUUGCUACGGCGUUUCGACAGACGAGAUACCUGACGCUGAUUUGGACGGCCUUCUCAGCGCUGCAGGCUCCUCUGCCUCGCUAAAAAGUGGCGACUUGUUGAAGGUCGAAUGCCGAUGCGGCGGCGUGUCUCUUCGCAUUCAACGAGCCGACCAUGGGGACAACACCAUCCCUCAGCUUGAUCGAUACAUCCCGAGAGACCAUGAUGGCAAGGUCGAGAACGACAAACACUUCGCUUCCACCUGUGUCUGCCGAUCUUGCCGCCUCCACCUUGGAGCAUCUCUCACACCGUGGCUUUAUGUCCCUCCCGUUCAGAUCAUCAAUCCUCAUACUGGGAAGCCGGUAGCGACACACCACGGAGCAAUGACUGGCUCGACGGCUGAUGACUCGAACGCCGGCUUGUCUCUUAAGCACUAUUGGAGCCGCAAGGACGUUUGUCGGUCUUUCUGUGGGACUUGCGGAGCGGGAGUCUUUUACACAAGGGACGACCGCUCGGAGAUUACCAACGUUGCCGCCGGCUUGAUGAGGGCGGAUGAGGGUGUGAUGGCAAGGAGGUGGGUGAGUUGGCAAUGGGGUCGGGUGAGCUUUCCGGAGGAGGCUGUUGACAAGGGUAUCAUGGAGGCGUGGAAGGCGAGUGCUGUGAUGCUCUGA